CCACGAGAAGAAGAGCGGAGAAAGGCUAUGGGGACGGGGAUGGAAUCAGAGGCUAGAAUUUGCCACGCAAAAUCCAAGUAAUUUCGCGAUGAACUUUUACAAUCGGAGGACACAUGGUUGACUAUCGAGAAUGCCAUUUUGGAGAAGGGGCUAAAUAAGGGGCGGUGCUGCGUCGACUGAAAGCCAGAACAAGAACAAUAGUAACGCGACGCAUUCUUCACACCGACCGCCGCAACUACGCCAUUGCAUUGUCUCGACUUGGUAAAGAACAUGCGCUCUCACUGGAACUGUCUUCUCCAGAACAAUCUGCCCAGCCACAAGAGUUUUGCGCUUGAUCUCGGGGUCUGAGGUAGCGCUGUUUCGUCUGUUCGCCUCUUUUCCUCUGUAUCUACGCUUAUAUGCCCGGGUUACCAAAAGUCGUCCGCUCACGCGCGGCAAAACCAACUAAGGAACAAAAUGUCGAGGCAGAUAGUCGUCUGGAGAAGGACUCCACGUUCGACAAACCGAAGGAAGACGAUGUACAAGCAGCACCAUGGAAAGCACUGUUCUUCUUCACCACAAAGUCACACCUCACAUGUUUGGCCAUCGCUCUCGCCGCAGCUCUCGCAGCUGGUGGCAUCACGCCAGCACAAUCUUACCUUCUCGGCAAAGCCUUCAACGCAUUCACCAAUUCCAGCAGUCCUGGCGCAGUACUCAACUCUGUCUCAAAAUACGCCACCUAUAUCGCUGCUGUUGGAGUCGGAAGCUGGCUGGUACAUUUCGUCUUCUUUACAGCCUGGCUUGCUUUUGGUGAGUUGCAGGCCAACAGCGCCAGGGAAAGAUUAUUUCUGGGCAUGCUGGACAAAGAGGUCGAAUGGUAUGAUAUGCGGAAGAACGGAAUCGGAGCCAUGAUACCUCGUUUGCAAGCACAGAUCAGAGACCUCCAGCUCGCGACCGCACAGCCAUUUGGCGGGUUGAUAAGCUCGACAGCUGAUGCAAUGGCUUGCCUUGGACUUGCCCUUUACACUUCGUGGAAGCUCACUCUUGUGAUUGUUUCCACUGCUCCUAUUAUCACUUUGAUCGUGGGAUAUCUAGGUGCAUCCAUGCAGCAGUAUGUGAUAAAGCAGCAAGAGAAAUUGACAGAAGCUCUCAAAUACGUUGGGAACGCCAUCAACGCUAUUGAGACUGUCAAAUGCUUCAACGGUCAAGAGCACGAAUUGGCCAGAUAUUCGGCUCGCCUCAAGGAAGCCGCUAGUUGGUAUUACCGUGUCAUUAACGUCAAUGCCCAACAAUUCGGUUUCAUGGGCUUCAUGACGUUGGCCAUGUUCGUCCAAGGUUUCUAUUAUGGAGGUGUCCAGGUAGACAAUGGCGAAAAGAACACCGGAGACGUCAUCACAACGUUCUUCUCGGCCAUGAGCGCCUUCCAAGCCAUCGCCAGUAUCCUACCACAGAUGAUAGUGCUCGAAAAGGGCAGAACAGCAGGCUCCACCCUCAGGGCCGUCAUGGCUCAGAUGGAGAAGAAGUCGGGCGGCCCACCAUCACAUGAGCUUUUGAAACCAGACAAAUGCGAAGGAUAUAUUGAAUUCAGAAAUGUGUCUUUCGCUUAUCCAGCACGUCCAGAUCGAAUGGCCUUCAAAGACGUUUCCCUAUCUAUACCGGCACACGCCACAACAUUCAUCAUCGGCAAAAGUGGUUCUGGUAAGAGCACAUUCGGUCAAUUACUCCUACAGUUCUACCCUGCGGCUGCGGGGCAAAUACUAUUCGACGGCCUGCCCAUAGAUUCGCUAGACCCCGUUUGGCUCCGAAGUCAUGUCACACUCGUGGAACAACACAGCAUGCUGUUCGAGGACACCGUGUUUCAGAACAUCGCCAUUGGAACCAAGAAUCGAGAUGCUGUGAAUAAGCAGGAUGUAAAUAGUGCCGCCGAGUUUGCUCUUCUGUUGGCAAUGGUUAACGAUAUGCCUGAUGGCUUCCAAACUAUGGUCGGAGCAAAAGGCGGCACAAUGAGUGGCGGGCAGAGACAGCGUAUGGCUCUCGCUCGAGCAUAUCUGCGAGACACACCUGUGCUCCUUCUUGACGAAUCUACAAGUGCUUUGGAUCAAGUGAGCCGAUCCUUGAUGAUGGAAGCAAUUCGCAGGUGGCGCGGUGGGAAAACUACCAUGAUAAUUACUCACGACAUCUCGCAAAUCCUUGCUGAAGAUUAUGCAAUGAUUUUCGAGGAUGGCAAGCUGGUACAGGAAGGCUACCGCAAAGAUAUGGAACAAACGCAAGACUCACCCUUUCACAAGUUUUUGUCUUCGGAUUCCAGUGUGGCUCCAGAAUCUGACGUUGUCGCUCGACAUCGUUCGCUGGAAGUCGUAGAACGAGAUGCGUAUGCAGAUUCAAGACAUCAAGAGCAUAUAGAUGAUCCCUUGGAAGCCCAUUUGAGUGCUGGCGAAAACCCUCGAUAUUCCUAUUUGCCAACACUCUUCGCCAACCGGCACACCAAGGCUGCCUUCAGGAGAGCAUAUGGCUUCGCUGCUUCUCCAAGCGAAUUUGGCUCACCAACUUCUCCGGUCCCCCCAGGACCAACUUCGCCUACAAACAGAGUCACCAACCUCAAGGAUUGUACAGUCCUACACGGAUCACAAAGCAGCGACACAGUCCCUCAGAUCCAUAAAGAGCCUACCUUAGACAAGAAGCCAAUCAACAGAAGGUCUAUCGCGCCGGAGCUCUUAGAACGGUUCGUCGAGUCGACCGGUAACCUAGCUGCUCGUGCUCGCCUUACCUCUGGGAAAUCUCGCAGACGGCGAAUUCCUUCUGCUGGCUCGAUUCCCACUGUGUCUGGUGGGACCGAGAUGCAACCUUUUUCUAAGCAGAAAAAGCACGAUGCUCCCACACUCGAGCGGCAAGUCUUUUCCAUACGAGCUAUCCUCGGCACGGUGUGGCCCAGCCUCGACUGGUACAUGAAGGCUGUUCUCAUCGUUGCUUUCGUCGCUGCCUCUAUCAAUGGAGCUUGUACUCCCGUCUUUUCCAACAUCCUGUCCAAGCUGAUUGGGACUUAUGGGAAAGGUGGUAAAGAAAAGCACACGGCAGUAAUUUACACAGUCUCGAUUCUCGGGAUUGCAGCUAUCAAUGGCUUGACUAGUUACGUUAUGCAUUUACUUCUGGAGUAUGUUGGUCAAGUCUGGAUAAACACCAUGCGCGAAAGAUCUCUGGAGCGAAUCCUUGAUCAGCCCCGCGACUGGUUCACCUAUGAAGAGAACUCGGUGUCUCAUGUGAUGGAAGGCUUAGACCGACAUGCAGAGGAAACGCGUAAUCUACUCGGUCGCUUUGCAUCCUCUCUUUACAUAGCGUUUGUUUUGAGUGUCGUCGCUUUGGUAUGGGCUUUGACCUCCCAAUGGAAGCUCACUCUCAUCGCAAUCGCUCUUGGUCCUUACGUAUGGUUCGUCACCAAGUCUUUCAGUACAGUAAGCGGAAACUGGGAGGGAAAGAGCAACGACGCUGCUGAAGCCGCUGGGUCCAUCUUCACCGAAACAUUCACCAACAUCAAAACCGUACGGGCUCUGACUCUAGAGACUCACUUCCGUCAGAAAUACUUUUGUGCAACUAAAAGUGCACUACAAAUCGGGUUCCGCCGUUCUCUCUACGCUGGAUUCUUUUACGGUCUUUCGGAUUCUUCCGGUGUCUUUGUCAUGGCGCUCAUGCUCUAUGCCGGAGCUAAACUGAUAAACGAUGGAGCUGAUGUGGCAAAGAUUGUCGAAGUUUUCGUUCAGCUCAUCUUGGCCAUAACUAAUGUGAGCAUUUAUUUGAGUCUGAUACCACAGAUCAGUCUAGCAAAGGAUUGUGCAUCGCGCUUACUUCGGCUGUCGACCCUCCCUAAAGAUUCGCACGAGCAUUUUGGGAACACGCAAAUUACCUCAAUCGGUGAUAUCGAGCUCCACAAACUCAGUUUCGCCUACCCCUCUCGCCCUGAACAAAUGGUUCUCAACGACAUCAACUUACUUAUACCAGCGGGCGAAACGACCGCCAUCGUUGGCUCUUCAGGUUCCGGGAAAUCGACGAUUGCUAGCCUGCUCCUGAACCUAUACACAAGUGCAAAUGAAGCUUCAGAAGCUAAUGGCAAGAUACCGGACAUUAUGCUAUCCGGACGUGACCUCAAGCACAUCCAUACCCCUACACUUCGUUCAUUGAUCACAGUCGUCUCUCAGACCCCUGUGCUCUUCUCCGCGACGGUAGCAGAGAACAUCUCGUAUGGGCUGCCACCAUCAUCCCCGUACACCGAUUUAGCUUCUGUUCGUCGGGCUGCAGCAGCAGCAGGUAUUGAUGAAUUUAUCAUGAGUCUCUCACAGGGCUAUGAGACACUGAUCGGCGAAGGUGGCACUGGACUUUCAGGUGGGCAGGCUCAGCGGGUGGCCAUUGCCAGAGCUUUGGUGCGUAGACCAGCGGUGAUGAUUCUUGACGAAGCAACGUCGGCUCUUGAUGUUGAAAGCUCGAACCUGGUUCGAGAUACCAUACAGGGGUUAGUUGAGCGCGAUGGAUCAGGCAUGACAGUCAUUAUCAUCACCCACAGCAAGGACAUGAUGAGAAUCGCCAAGAACAUCAUUAUGCUUUCGGAAGGGCAGGUGGUUGAGUAUGGAAGCUACGAAAGGCUGUUACUCGCGAAGGGCGAAUUCUUCCACCUUCUCAGUGGAGGAGAAUGGGCGGAAGAACCGGAAAGGAGAGACAGCACAGGUGUGCGUGGCCUGUCUGGUAGGAUGGACUGGGGCAAGAGCAAAGUAAGAGCCUAAAGAGAUCAACUCCACAGCCGUCAGUCUGGAGGCACGAUGGAUCAACUUUAGAGCCCUUAUUUUAGCCAUGUUAAUAUCGAGAACUUCAUCGGCGUAUUUCAGCAGAUGUAUUGGUCGAGCAAGCGGUGUAUACACACUAGAGUAUUGUUCAUCAUGGGCUUCUUGCCAGUAUUUAGGCUAUCAAGACUG